UGUAUAUGAACAAUUUAAUUCAUUAAAUCAUAAUAGCUUAUUCAUUUGAAGCUAUGCUACUAAAAUGAAAUAAGAAAUUAUGAAUACCCUAAUUUAACACAAUAUAAAAUAAAUACUAUAAAAAUUGUACAAAUUUCUCUAAAUUAUAUAAUAAUAAUAAUAAUAAUUGUAUUUGAAUUCAAUUAAAAUUAUUAUUAUUAUUACAAUAUGAGUGAACGUAAAGCUGUAAUUAAAAAUGCUGAUAUGAGUAAUGAAAUGCAAGAGGAUGCAAUACAUAUAGCUGCUGGUGCAUUAGAUAAACAUGAUUUAGAAAAAGAUAUAGCUGCUAAUAUUAAAAAAGAAUUUGAUCGUAAAUAUAAUCCUACAUGGCAUUGUAUUGUUGGACGAAAUUUUGGAAGGUAAGUUUAAUUAUUAAUGAAUGAAUAAAUCAUAUUUCAUAUAUGUAUCAUGAUUACCAAGAUUAAGAAAUUACAAGACAUUUAUGUAUAGGUCUAUACAUGUACAUGCAUAAAAUGUUAUAAUUCUACAAUUCAAAAUGUAAACUUCAUUGAUAAUAUUGAACAUUAAACUGUAUUUUCCAUCUUGUAUUAUUUAUUUGUACAAGUAAGUGGUUAUUAAGUGUUAGUAAUUAAGUGGAUAAUAUGAUAGUGUUUAAAGUGAACAGUACCGGGGUUCAAGUCCCAGAGUGUAAAUCAACUUUGGGUACAUCUAGCUGACGAGUACAAAUUAGGAUGAAACCCACAUUUUUUUGAUUCCACUAUAAAACACCAUUCAUCUUUGUUUAUACAACUUGUAAUUUCCAUAAUACAAAUUCUUAAAAUGUACUAUUCAAAAACUAUCAAUCAAACUAAACUAUACAUAAUCGUUUUGGUUCAACUUCUUUGUAUCUAUGAUUUCAUCAAUUGAAUUAAAUUGAAAUCAUUUACAAAUCCGAAUGUAUGAUAAAUCGAUAAGAUAUUUACCUGCUUUAAUUUAAAUCAGGUUUAUAAAUCGAUAUAUUAGGAACUAUUUCUUUCAAUUUUCAAUAAUUUUAUAUCAAUAAUUAAAUAUACAUUUUUUCUCUCUAUUUCUGUUUUCCUUUUAUUUAUUCAUCAUUACAUAAUAAAGUUAUGUAACACAUGAAACACAUAAUUUUAUAUAUUUCUAUUUGGAUGAUCGAGCAUUCCUUCUAUUUAAAUCUGGAUAAAAGAAUAAUUUAUAAAAGAACUUAUGAAGAUAAUUAUAUUGAACAAUACAAAUUUAUGGAUCUAUUCAAUGUACUUGACUUUUCGUAUAUUUGUCUUCAUUGAUUGCAUUAUAUUAUGUUGGUAAUUGAAAAGAAAAGGAAUAUAUCAUUAUUGUUUU